AUGCUCAUCCUCCUGAUUUCGUGCCCCUGCGCGCUGGUUAUCUCGACGCCGGUGACGAUUGCCGCCGCCAUCACGUCCGCGGCGCGGCAGGGGGUGCUGAUCAAGGGCGGCGCCCACCUGGAAGGGCUGGCGCGCCUGCGCGCCGUCGCGCUGGACAAGACCGGUGUCGUCACCAGGGGCGAGCCGGACGUCCGCGAGGUGCGCCCGGUCGGUGGCCGGGGCGAAUCCGAGGUGCUGGCGCGGCUGCUGGCCGUCGAGAUGCGCAGCGAGCAUCCGCUCUCCCGCGCCAUCGUCCGCUAUGCCCGCGCGAGCGGCGUCGAGCCGCCCGCGGUGACCGACUUCCAGGCCGUCGAGGGGCGCGGCGCCGAGGCGGUGGUGGACGGCCAAGGCUUUCUGGGUCGGCAGCACGCGCGUCCGGGCGAGACCGUCGUCGUCUGCGGCGCAGGCGACGACGUCUGGGCGCUCAUCGCCAUCACCGACCAGAUCCGCACCGAGGCGCCGGAGAGCGUGUUGCGGCUGCACGCCCUCGGGCUGCGGUCCGCCCUGCUCACCGGUGACAACACCGAGACCGCCAACAACGUCGCCGGGCGUGUAGGUGUAUCCGAUGUCCGGGCGGAGCUGCUGCCGGAGGACAAGGCGGAAGCCGUCCGCGAGCUGUCCGCGCGCUACGGCUCGAUCGGCAUGGUCGGCGACGGCAUCAACGACAGCCAGGCGCUGCUGGCCGCGUCGGUCGGCAUCGCCCUCGGCGGCAACGCUACGGAUGUCGCCGUCGAAUCGGCGGACGUCGUGCUGCUGCGGGCCGACAUGCGGAAGAUUCCGUUCCUGGUGGGCCACGCCCGGCGGGCCAGGUCCCUCAUCAUCGAGAACGUCACCCUGGCGCUCGGCUCGAAGGCGCUCUUCCUGGCCUUCAUGUUCUUCGGCGCGGCGACGCUCUGGAUGGCGGUGGCGGCCGAUAUGGGCGCCACGCUGGUGGUCACCUUCAACGGCCUGCGGAUGCUCCGCCGCCCACGCGAGCCGGGAGGCCUCCCGGCGACCUGGCGCUGGAAGGCGCCUGAGCCUCAGGGAGUGACGGUGACCGCUACGUCGGCCACCGUGGCCAGGGCGCCGUCAUGCGCGAUGGCGCGCAGCACGUAG